GUGACUUGACCAGCAGGAUUCAGAAUUGCGAUCAUCCUGAGCAGAAGAUAGCUUUAGGGUUAGGGUUUGCAGGGAACCGCUGACAAAAAAAGAAGAUGAUCGAGGUGGUGCUGAACGAUCGGCUGGGGAAGAAGGUCCGAGUGAAGUGCAACGAGGAUGACACGAUCGGCGACCUGAAGAAGCUGGUGGCAGCUCAGACUGGAACUCGAGCCGAUAAAAUCCGUAUCCAGAAGUGGUACACCACCUACAAGGACCAUAUUACCCUCAAGGAUUAUGAAAUCCAUGACGGCAUGGGCCUCGAGCUCUACUACAAUUAGAUCAUCCUUAUCCCCAUGUCAUUGUACUUUACUUGUGUAUUCUACUGCAAUCAGAAACAUGGAAUGGAUCUUAUGCAAAGCAUUCUCCUCGAGAAAAAGAUAUUGAUGUUAGUAGCUUGUGUGGGUCGUCAACUCGUCAUAUGCUAAAGAACAUAUGAAAACUCUGGCCGCUGCGUGAAUUGUGUGACUAAUAACUUGUCUAAUACUGCAUUGUGCUCGUUCAGUGUUUUUCAUAUACUUAUUUUUGUCGAUGCUUUGUUGUGAUUA